AUGGUUGGGGAGACAGAGGUGAAGGAGAGACCCAAGUCCAACCCGGACUAUCUAAUGCAGCUGAUGAACGACCGGAAGGUGAUGAGCUCGCUGCCCAACUUCAGCGGCAUCUUCACGCAUCUGGAGCGGCUGCUGGACGAAGAAAUCGGCAGGGUGCGCAAAGACAUGUACAACGACACGCUGAACGGCGGCAUGUUCAACGGGCGGGACAUGGAGGAGCUUCCCGAGGCCAUCGGCCCCGUGGCUCAGCUGCAGGAGAAGCUCUACGUGCCGGUCAAAGAGUUCCCCGACUUCAACUUCGUGGGGAGGAUCCUGGGCCCACGUGGACUGACGGCCAAGCAACUGGAGGCAGAAACCGGCUGCAAAAUUAUGGUGCGAGGAAAGGGCUCCAUGAGAGACAAGAAGAAGGAGGAGAUGAACCGAGGGAAGCCCAACUGGGAGCAUCUCAACGAGGACCUCCAUGUCCUGAUCACAGUGGAGGACACACACAACCGCGCCAAGAUUAAACUCCAGCGGGCCAUCAACGAGGUCAAGAAACUUCUAGUGCCCGCUGCUGAGGGGGAGGACAACCUGAAGAAAAUGCAGCUGAUGGAGCUGGCCAUUCUCAAUGGGACCUACAGAGACGCCAAUGUCAAGACGCCCACCGCCGCCUUUCCACUAGGGACUCCUCAGGCGCCUCGGAUCAUCACAGGCCCGACACCCGUCCUGCCUCCCAACUUGCGCAACCCAGCCCCUGUCACCACACCUACCAUCAUGCCUCUGAUCCGUCAAAUCCAGAGCUCCACCCUCGUGCCGGGAGGCAAUCCGCAUCCGGCGCUGGUGCAGCAAGGGCCUGAAUCUGGAAUCAUCUACACACCCUACGAGUAUCCCUACACACUCACGCCCUCCAUAUUGGAAUACCCAAUUGACUCAACUGGAGUUUUAGGUGCCAUGACCACUAAGGUACGACGCCACGACAAGAGAAUCCAUCCUUACCAAAGGGUAGUGACCACAGACAGAGGUUCGUUAGCUCACCAGCCACUUUAU